CUGCUCCUGGAGUAGUUAGUGCCAGUGAAGUGCGGGCGGCGAUGAGAGCGAAAGUUGCGCUCCGCUCGGCGCUGGGGGCUUGAAGCGGCUCCGCUCUCCGCCCGCUAGGGCCGCCCCAGCCCCAACUCGCGCCCGCGAGCUCCGGCCGCGCCCGCCCGCCUCCGCGCCCGCUCUCACUCCCUCCCCCGGCCCGGCGCCACCUCCUCAGGAGCCGCGGGUCCCCGCCACUUUCGCCCGGUCCGGGCCCCCGCCGAUGCCGGCCAUGGUGGAGAAGGGCCCCGAGGUCUCAGGGAAGCGGAGAGGGAGGAACAACGCGGCCAACGCGGCCGCCUCGGCCGCCGCCGCCUCGGCCGCCUCCGCCUCCGCCGCCGCCUCCUCGGCCGCAGCCGCCUCCUCGGCCACCGGCGCCUCCGCCUCGGCCGCCGCCGCCCCCAAUAAUGGGCAGAAUAAAAGUUUGGCGGCGGCGGCGCCCAAUGGCAACAGCAGCAGCAACUCCUGGGAGGAAGGCAGCUCGGGCUCGUCCAGCGACGAGGAACACGGUGGCGGCGGCAUGCGGGUCGGACCCCAGUACCAGGCGGUGGUGCCCGACUUCGACCCCGCCAAAGUAGCAAGACGCAGUCAAGAACGAGACAAUCUUGGCAUGCUGGUCUGGUCACCUAAUCAGAAUCUAUCAGAAGCAAAAUUGGAUGAAUACAUUGCCAUUGCCAAAGAGAAGCAUGGAUACAACAUGGAACAGGCUCUUGGGAUGCUCUUUUGGCAUAAGCAUAAUAUUGAAAAAUCAUUGGCUGAUUUGCCCAACUUUACCCCCUUCCCAGAUGAGUGGACUGUGGAAGAUAAAGUCUUAUUUGAGCAAGCCUUUAGUUUUCACGGGAAAACUUUUCAUAGAAUCCAGCAAAUGCUUCCUGAUAAAUCUAUAGCAAGCCUGGUGAAAUUUUACUACUCCUGGAAGAAGACGAGGACUAAAACCAGCGUGAUGGAUCGCCACGCUCGGAAACAGAAACGGGAGCGGGAGGAAAGUGAGGAUGAACUGGAAGAAACAAAUGGAAAUAAUGCCAUUGACAUUGAGAUUGAUCAAAACAAGGAAAGCAAAAAGGAGGUGCCCCCUACUGAGACAGUUCCUCAGAUCAAAAAAGAAAAACAUAGUACACAAGCUAAAAAUAGAGCAAAAAGGAAACCUCCGAAAGGAAUGUUUCUUUCUCAAGAAGACGUGGAGGCUGUUUCUGCCAAUGCCACUGCUGCUACCACGGUGCUGAGACAACUGGACAUGGAGCUGGUGUCAAUCAAACGACAGGCAAGGACAGUGAAAGGUCCACUGAAUCAAAGCAAGAAUGUGGGAAAGAUUCAGAAUAUUAAACAGACGAACAGUGCUCUAAAAGAAAAACUUGAUGGUGGAAUAGAACCAUAUCGACUUCCAGAGGUCAUUCAGAAAUGUAACGCACGUUGGACCACAGAGGAGCAGCUUCUCGCCGUACAAGCCAUCAGGAAAUACGGCCGAGAUUUUCAGGCAAUCUCAGAUGUGAUUGGGAACAAAUCAGUGGUACAAGUGAAAAACUUUUUUGUAAAUUAUCGACGCCGCUUCAACAUAGAUGAAGUUUUACAAGAAUGGGAGGCAGAACACGGGAAGGAAGAAACCAAUGGUCCCAGUAACCAGAAACCUGUAACGUCCCCGGAUAAUUCUGUCAAGAUGCCUGAAGAGGAAGACGAGGCUGCUUCUGUUCUUGACGUCAGAUACGCAUCUGCCUCAUGAGAAACUCUGGUGGCUUUGAGCACUUGGUAUGGACGACUGUGUUAUCCAGGAUUCAGGUAUCACAAGACAUCACCUAGCCAUCUGCAUCACAUCUCUGUGGACAAGCAGCUAUUACCAAAAAGGCAUACACUUCCAGUCCUGUGCUACAUCUGCCUUAAUUCUCUGCUCGUUCCUCCGUGUUGGCGCCACUUCCCGGAGAGCUCUUUGCGUCUCUCGCUCUGCCUAAGUGAGGGGGGUCCCGUGGCCUGCCCGCCUCCUGCGACCCUGGGGACCACCGCCUCAGUCGGAGCCCCGGCCCACCAACAGCAGCUAUUCCCCGUCGGCGGCUUCAGAACAGGUAGUCGACUUGGAAGGCGUGACUCUGUUCCUGCAUGGCCUGCAAGCUCUACUUUGUGCAUAAUGUAAUUUUCAGAGUAACUGUGACCCCAUUGGCCUUCUAGGAAGUUUCCCUUGUUCUUUUCUGCGGCAUCCACCUAAGUGAUAUCAUGCUUCUUUGGAAAUCACGAUAUAUUGGCAGACUGCAUUAUAACCCUUAUCGUGCCAAACAGCCUGACGCAACUCAUAUUUCCCUAAAUGUCGGUAUAAUUAUGGUUUAUAAAUGUAGUUGGCUGCAGUCUCUCCCUUCUCCCUUCCCGCGAGGUAGGAAGCUGAUUCACAGCACCUGUCCUUGGACACUAGCUCAGAGGGAACGUGGACGCAACACUUCGUGCCGUCAGCUUGCAGGUCGUCACCCCAGGAUGGGCGCCACCCUGUCUGUUCCUGACCCCCCACCCGCACCACCGCCCGACUCCAAGAGAUUUGGUCUAUACCACUGUACCUGGUGCUUGUACAUUUGGAAUUGGUGCCUUCUCCUUUUGGCAACCAUGUUUUCAACCCUUUUUCUGUUUCGGUGUCUUAUUUCUUCUUUAAAGUUUAUUGCUUGCCAAAGAUGACAUCACUGAGAUUAGGAGACAGAGGAGAACUUGCUGCAGGUUCUUGACAGUGUGCAGAUUUUAAAUGUCAGGUUAGGGCAAUAAUAAAGGGUAUUGGAGUAGCUGGUGAUGGUUUUAUAAAAACUACAUGCUGUUUGUUCCCCGUCCUGUCGGUAUGCCUGGCCUUUCACAUGUCACUCCACAUAGCCUCUGUGUCCGUCAUGUACUGAUGUGACCACAUGAGCACCAUCUUCUCUCAAUAUUAUAUCGAUAGUACAGGACAGAGACGUGAUCAGUUAUUGGCUCUAGUGAGACCAAGAUGGAAAGAAACAGUCUGCGAAGUGGUAUGUAAUGCCUUUGGUUGGACUGGGAACAAUUACAAAUGUUUAAUAAAUGUUUAAAACUUCCAUAAUCACUUUUAUUCUCUUGCCAGACCGUGGGCUCUUGAGGGGUUGAGGGUAGACUGCGAGGUGUGCUCUAAUGUGACCCAUUCCCCAUCCCACGGUUGGUUCAGCCUGCACUAAAUGUGUUGAAGGAGCUUUUUUUGUUGUUGGUUUUUGCAUCAUUUAAAUAUUUUUCGUGCUUUCAAUACCAAAAAGAAAAAAAAAUUGCAGAUGCUUUAAGGCAUAAACAGAAUUCUUAAGAAUUUGAAAUAUGCAAUUAAAAUUUGAUGUGUUUUGCCUCCCAAGCACCUUGGCUUUUUUUUUUUUUUUUUUUUUUUAAAGUCAGCUGGUUUUCUCUUUAGGAAGAGGUCAGCAAGGAACCUAGAUUGUUUGGAAUUGUACUUCUUUUUUUGAAAUCUGGAGAAAGGUCAUUCGAAAGGGGAGUGAAAUGGGACUUUGCCGGUUUUCGACUCUUGUCCCUGCGAGAGGUGUCUGUUGAUCAGGAGCUGGUGAAGAAGAGCGUGAGAGGGGCUAGGGGCGUCACAGCUCGCCGCUCCCACCUACACGGGCCGGCACGGUAACACUAGUCACAGCGUAGGGCUCAUUCUGUUUUUAUCAUGAGCCUGCUGCGUAAUUGGAAAAUGGCAGGAAAAACGUGGGUAAGAGGCGGCAUAAGUUUUGCACGUCGCUUAAAGGGGACACUAGGCCUGAAAGAAGAUUUCGCUUCUCCUUGCUUCUUCUCGAGACCUCCUUCCUCUUAACGGAAGCAGUAGGCAAUUUGCUGCAGUGGUUUCCCUGCCAGUAGAGCUGCUGUUCCUCUCUUCACCCCAGGCUAUUUUCCUUAAGAAUCGAUCCCCUUUGGCAGUGCUUGAAGGUUUGGUGCUGGGUCCUGUGUGGCGCGGCAGGCAUCCCAGCAGUGCCAGGCCUCUGUCUGUGCUCAGACAUCCCCUUACCUGGUUCCUGGCACCAAGUGGGCCCCAGUCCCGGAGAGUCACGUGCUGGAGUAGUUGCUCUCACAGCAGUUGAAUUGCGGCUUUCUCUCCGAGGGGGAGGGGCAUGUCGCUUUCACUUGCCAGAAGGAAAACAGGCAGUUGUCUUUGCCCAACGGCCUUCAUUGUAGUCUCAUGCGUAAGAGAGCACUGUGUUUUAAACCGUUUCAUUACACUGUCUUUGCAAUGAUGUUGUAAAUGCAAGAUAUCACUUAGCUUUAGAAGCCAAGUGAUUUGGUCUUAUUUUACGGGAAGACCCUUUUUAACUUAUCAAGACUUCGGUGCAUCAGCAGGCUGUGUUUGGAUGUGUAAGGGGGACACAGUGGCAACUGCUUUGGAUGCAAUGUUCACUUAAGCUUUGUCUUCUUAAAAAUUAUCAAUGUGAAUGUCAUAAUUAUAUAUAUUUUUUGUGGAAAAUUUCUCCUAAGUAUAAGUUAUUGUGCAAAAUAUAGUACCAUUGAAGCAAAUGAUAGUUUAACUUUUAGUUUAGAAAUCCUAAAAGAUAUAAGUUGUAUUGCAUAUGCAUUAAAAGUUUGUUUUAUUUAAUUUUAUGUAGGUGUGUAAAGUGUUAGGUAAAAUUUUUUUUCACGUAUUCAUUUAAACACCUUGUUACUUGAAUAUUGUGUUGACUGGUCAUAAGCAGUGAUGGAUUCUGUAAUAUAGGUCUUUUAACCAGGAAGCAGCCCUGCCUCAGUUGUGCUGAUCAGGUGAGCAGUGGUGCAGGUCGGUGCUGGUGUCAGCAGGAGCCUGAGGUUAGUGUGACCCCCUCCGCGCCCCGCUUCCCCCGUGUCGUCUUGGUACAUUCGUGCCUACCAGACACCAGGUCCUCAAGGUGGCUUUUGAUAGUCAUAAACCUCUAAUCAAAAGAUGAAAAAGAAAAAAUAGUUGAGUUUUAAAAGCUUACUGUGGUGGACUAAUUAAGCAGUAGUUUUCUGUGCUUAUAAAGUUCUCUCAACCAUCACACACCACUCUAAGUGUGCUCGUUGUCACUUUAAAUUUCAACUAUGCCCUAUUUUUGUCCUUCUGAAUAUCAGAUGUACUAUUGGUAUAAUUACAGACCAAAAAUAAGCCAAAUAGUGCAUUACACUAACUGGAUCCCUUCUUAUAUGAGCAAAGGACGGAUGGAGCCAGCCCACGCGAGAGCCUCAUUUCUCUUGUCUAGCCUGAUCUAAAUCAAGUGACCCAGGAUUCAAGCUUUUAAUACCAAGUGAAACUUGGCCUCAAGUUGACUCAAGGUGGUUAGCUAAUUUGAAUCUAGUGAUCUUGUGCAAUGCUCAAAAACAAAUACUCUUUCUGCCACUCCCUGGAUCUCUGCAGCUUUCCCUACUUACAGUAAAGCACAAGCGCAGUAACGUCGCAGUGCAGCAGAAGGAAGGUCAGUAUAGCCUAUGCAUGCUGUGUGGUACUGAGUGUUUACAGCCCUCUCCUCAGCUCACGUUGAUACUGGAGCGGAUAGUAGUCCAUUACGUAGACUUACCAACUUUGCUAAGUGCUUUUUAGACUGCUUAAGAAUUUUUCAAGAUUUUAAAAGAUGUAUAAGGUUAAGUUUGCAAAUAUAAUGGAAAUGCUGUAUAUCUUUUGAAGUGAUAAAAAUCCAUGUUGGAAUUUUAAAGAAAAUAUGUUGUAAUAAUGCUGUUGUAAGUAAUAUUUUAAUGUCUCUUUUUGCCUGUUUUCUAUUUCAGCACAUUCAUUGUGGUGAAUGUUCAUAGCAUUAUAAUUGCUUAGCCAUCAAAUGAUAACAUUUGUUAGUAGAGAUUGAAAAUUUUAUUUGUGAAAUUCUGCAGAAUUCAUUUUUCUAUUUCCAAUAUUUGCUGAAGUUAAAUAAAAAUUUUCAAGCCA